AUGGAGUACAACAAGCUCUGUUCAAAACUUGCGGACCUUGCCAUUCACUGUCAAGCGCCCAAGGGGGCAAAGAUUCUGGCAACAAUUGAUCUCAAGGCCAUUCCGACCCUGGAUGUGGAUGAUGGCAUCUGGGACAAUGCCGGUCUCACCAACGCCGAUCUGGUCAAGUGUGGCAUCAGAGCACCUUUGGACGAGAAGCGAGCCAAGGAGGAGGGUAGGUUCCUGCACAACAAGAGACGCUCAAUGAAGGCAUGGUUUCAAGAGGAGUGGUUGGUUGUCAAUUGGGCACUCAAAUCCGCUGAUUGUGAUGCCCUUCAAUUCCAAUUCCAAAUCCGCAGGACGAGGCUUGUUGCACUCUGUGCUGUGUGGCAGAGCUUGCUUCCUGCGGGGGACUUUGUUACUCGCUGGGGUCCCUCCAAUGUUGAGUUGGCCAAGGUGGAUGUGAAAAAGCAUCAGCAACAAAGGAAUGGUGACAUUGUAGAUGUCAAUCCAUUUUCUGCUCCACUCAAAUCGUUUCUGAAGAGGAUGACGGCCUUGCAUGGGAUCUGUUUGACAUUUGACAAAACCUAG